CUUUGAACGCGACUACUUUCAUGGCUUCAGUUGAAGCUGGACUGUUGCAAGUUUCAGCACCAGAUCCUGCCGACCACCGCCGCACUUUAGUCGCGGUGGCGAAUGCAUGUUUAAUGAGUGCCCUGAUCAUCCAUCUCCACGCCUCAUUUAUUUCCUUUGUCGGUGCCUUUUUCCUCGUCCGAUUCAAGGUGCAGGAAGCCAGGCGCGAAGAAAACAAGAUCGAGGGUCUACAUCCCGAUGCUACACAACCUAGCAAAGGCUCUAUUGUUCUUGAUAUGGCAGCAAAGCAUAUCACAAACUCACCAGAAACAGGUUCCCAGACAUCGAACCCUCACGCCGAUAUCCAACCACCUGUAUGGUCUGCAAACCCUCAGUUGGUACAAGUUGGGCCUUUCUUCAGGCAACCUCCCAUGCAUUUGCUCAGUCGCUGCCAUUUUCUGUGUAUCCUUGCCGUCGUGUUCGGGUUUGCAUUGGCGAUCAGCGGAAUCUUAUGUUUGGCCUGGGCUCGUCAACCUCUUGGUGUAAAGACUGCAGUGGCCUCGGUUCUGGCUCUGUGUCUUACAUCUGGAUUUGUUGUUGUAUUCUCCAACUACGACGGAUCACCUUUCGUCUACGAUUAAAGGAGAGUAAGGAGCCACUAGUAAAGCAAUGCCGAAGUUAUACUACUAUCUUGAUUAAUCACUGUACUUACAACUUGUAUUUAUUAACAAACAGCCUAGCGGGCAAUCAGAUAUGUACAUAGUCUCCC